AUGGCGAAAGAACCCGCGCUGGGGAGCCCCCCGAUCUUCAUCGGAGACGAUGUUCGAUACAGCCCCGAGGAGUUGCUGCUGCCGAAGCAGUACCACAAGUACGUGGAAAACAUAAUAAUUCCGAACGGGCUGCUGAUGGACCGCGUGGAGAAGAUGGCGUACGACAUCCGGCGCGUGUACCGGAACAAGGAGCUGCACUGCCUGUGCCUGCUGAAGGGCUCGCGGAGCUUCUUCUCCGUGCUCUUCCAGCACCUCGCGAAGCUGAGCCUCUACGACGAAGACGCGACCUGCGCGCCCUUCUUCGAGCACUACCUGCGGGUGAGUUCGAGCGAAGGCGCUGCGAGCUCGCAGCGGCUGAAGGUGGUCAGCGACGACCUGCGCUGCCUGCGCGACAAAGACGUGCUCAUCGUCGAAGACAUCAUCGACACCGGCCUCACGCUCUCCGAGCUCACCAAGUACCUGCAGCAGUUCGGGCCGCGCAGUCUGCGCAUCGCGAGUCUCACGCUGAAGCGCACGCCGCGUUCCAACGGCCAGGCCGCGGACUUCGUCGGGUUUUCUCUUCCCGACAAGUGGGUCAUCGGCUUCAGCUUCGACUGCGACCAGAUGUUCAGGGACAUGCCCCACGUCUGCACCCUCAGCGACAACGGCAGGCGCCUCCUUGGCCUCAGCCCCUAG